AUGGACGCGACGGCGAACGAUCGCGAGACAAUCGCCCCGCGCGUCGUCUGCGAGACACCGACCAAACCCACGCGUCCGUCGUCGUCCGCGCGAGGCGUCGUGAAGGAGACGCCGGUGAAACACGAGCUCGUGCGCGUUCGGUCGAUGCACGACGCCUCGGCGCGCGGCGCGCUGACGUUCGCGACGGCGACGGAGUGCGAGGAGAUGUGCUCGAGGGAGAAGCACGCGCGGUGUCAGCUCGGGGUGACGUGCGAUCCGUACGUGUCGGGGAAACUUCGAGAGCAUCAGAGAGCAGGCGCGCGUUGGAUGUACAGAGCGCUGCACGGAUUGGACGAGCGCGAGCGCUCGAACGCGGGGACGCGAGGGGUGGUUUUAGCGGAUGAGAUGGGCUUGGGAAAAUCCCUACAAGUGCUCGCGGUGCUGUGGACGAUGUUGACGCAGGGUCCGAGCGGGGAGCCGACGUGUCGGCGGGCCGUUUUGGUUUGUCCGGCGUCGCUCAUCGGAAAUUGGGGUGCUGAGUUCAAAAAAUGGUUGGGAGGCGUUCGCGCGCAGGCGUCGCUGUGCGAAGGGAAUGCCGAGGCCGUGGACGCGGCGUGCGAUCGGUGGUGCGCAGAGCCGAGGACGGAUUCGAAGAGCGCGUUCGAUCGCUGGCCAGUUCUUGUGAUGUCAUACGAGACGGCAAGACGGUUGGCGCCGCGAGUGCGAGCAAUGAGGCCGGAGCUCAUGAUUUGCGACGAAGCGCACAGACUGCGCAACGCCAUGGGUUCGCAGACGAUGACUGCGUUGCGAGAGAUUGAGGCGCCGAUGCGAGUGUUGCUUACGGGGACGCCAGUUCAGAACAAUUUGAACGAGUACGCCGCUGUGUUGGAUUUUGCGCAGCCGGGCAUUCUCGGUUCUUUAGAAGAUUUCCAGCGCGAUUUUGCGCAACCGAUUCAGAGACAGUACGAGCGAGGCGCGAGCGAACAGGAAAUAGCGAAAGGGCGCAAGAUGGCAGAAGAGCUGAAUCGUCGCACAUCUGGAAAGAUUUUGAGUCGUAAAGCUUCGACAAACGCGGCAUAUUUACCAAAGAAGACAGAAAUUGUCGUGCUCUGUCCUCCAACUCAAUCGCAGAGGAUGGCGUACGAAUCGGGCGCAAAAUUGGUAGAGACUUGGACGAAGAAAGAUAAUAGUGCGUCAUUCGGCGCCGCUGCUCUGUGUGCGAUCGGGAUUUUGCGACAGGCGGCGAACGAGGUGGAUCAAAUUCUUAUGCAAGCCAAUUCGGUCGCAGAAGUGCAAACAGACGCCGAAAAGGAACUCGACGUCGAGGUUGAAUCAGACGCCAUCGCGCGCGCGACAACGACUGAGACUUCGGUGGAUGAACUCAAAGCUGUCAUGGCAGAUGCGUUACCGAGCGGUUACGGGGGUGGAAUAGACGGUUCUGGUAAGUUUACUGUCUUGCAGCGCAUGCUCGAGGCUCUUAAGGAUCGCGGCGACUGUUUGGAGCGCGUCGUCAUCGUGUCGGGCUACUCCGCGUCUCUCGCGAGCGCGGAUAAAAUCUGCAAAAAAUUGGAUUUACCGACCUCGCGCCUCGAUGGAACCGUUCCCGUCGAUUUGCGCACGUCCAUCGUCAAGGAUUUCAACAAUGGAGAUGGCGGACAAGUCAUGCUCCUCUCCGUCGUUGCCGGCGGCGCCGGUUUGAACUUGGUCGGCGCUAAUCGAUUGAUCCUAAUGGACGUGUCUUGGAACCCAGCGCAUGAUCGUCAGGCGAUGGGUCGCGUUUGGCGCGAUGGCCAAAGGAAGCCAGUGACGAUUUAUCGUCUCAUCACCUCUGGGACCGUAGAACAAAAAGUAUUCGAGCGACAGCUCGGCAAGGAAGUGUUGAAGAACACGGUCGAGAGCGGGUACGCCGGAUACGAGGGCGACGGCUUCGUCACAAAGGAUUCACUCACGGGUCUCGUCAAGUUCACCGGCGACGGCGCCAGUUCGAACGUUCUAUGGGGUCAUGCGCUGGAUGUGGUCGACUGUCCACUCCUGCGCUUUGCGAACGCGCGCGGCGCGAUGUUUAGCGUCAUCGAAGUCGACGACGCUCGUGCGAACGAACAACCCGCGUCGGCGCCGAAACGAGCGGCGCCGAAAGACGUGCUCGCCGGUAAAUUAGCUCGCAAGAGAAUUGCAUUCGCGGAUUUAUUUAGCGCCGCCGCUCGCCGCAAGUAG